AUGUCGAAGCGAGGACGCGGAGGAUCGGCGAGUAACAAGUUUAGGAUGUCUCUGGGUCUUCCAGUGGCUGCGACGGUGAAUUGCACCGACAACACCGGGGUAAAGAACCUUUACAUCAUUUCAGUGAAGGGAAUGAAAGGUAGGCUCAACCGUCUCCCUUCUGAUUGCAUCGAUGACAUGGUUAUGGGCACCGUCAAGAAGCGCAAGCCAUGGCGCCGAAAAAACGGUGUCUACAUGUACGUUGAAAAUAAUGCUGGAGUGAUUGUUAAUCCCAAGGGAAAAAUGAAAGGUUCUGCAAUCAAUGGUCCUAUUGGAAAGGAGUGUGAUGAUCUUUGGCCUCGAAUUGCAAGUGCUGCCAAUGCGAUUGUUUAA